AUGGAUUACCAAAACCGCGCCGGUAGUAAAUUCGGCGGUGGUGGUGUCGCUUCCACCAGUGCAACCAAUGCCGACCGUCGUGAGCGUCUCCGCAAACUCGCCCUCGAGACUAUCGAUUUAGACAAAGACCCCUACUUCUUCAAGAACCACGUCGGCUCCUUCGAAUGUCGACUCUGUCUCACCGUGCAUCAAAAUGAUGGUUCCUAUCUUGCGCAUACCCAGGGUCGCAAGCAUCAGACGAAUCUCGCACGACGUGCUGCACGCGAGGAAAAGGAAGGACGGUCGGGGAUCGACCCCAUUACCGGUUUACCUGUCGGAAUGGUAGGAGCGCAAGUCAGUGUUCGCAAGAAUAUGGUGAAGAUUGGAAGGCCUGGGUAUAAGAUCACGAAGACGCGGGAUCCGGUUACAAGACAGCAGGGAUUGUUAUUUCAGUUGCAGUAUCCCGAAAUAGUGUCAGAUGUGCAACCGCGGGUCCGGUUUAUGAGUGCUUUCGAGCAGAAGGUGGAGGACCCUGAUAAGGAUUUUCAGUAUAUGCUGGUAGCGGCGGAACCUUAUGAGACUUGCGGGUUUAAGUUGCAGGCAAGAGAGAUUGACCGCUCGAAUGAAAGGUAUUGGACUUGGUGGGAUUCUGAUUUGAAAGAAUUUUGGGUCCAGAUCAUGUUCAAAACGGAGAGAGAGGAGAGAUACAGUGGCGUGCCGGGCUUGGCUCCAGUCAGAUAA